CUUCCUGCGGGAGUUUGGAGUUGCAUGGCGGCGAGCACACACGGAGCAGCGACCCACCGAGCCCACCGACCCUCACGCGCAGCAGCAGCAGCAGCCGGGAACAGAGCUCGGGACGCGGCCUGCAGCACGACACCCCGCCGGUAACCGGACAGUCCACCGACGACGUGCGCGCGACGAAGUUCACGGAGAGCCGGAGUCCCGUAAAGUUCCAGCUCGUCGUCGAGGUCCCGAGACGCCGGAGCAGACAUGCGCGCGACGCCCCGGGCUCUGCUGGCCCUGAGCUGGCUGGCGCUGUGCGCGCGCGCGGCCAUGGACGAGUGCGCGGACGAGCAGCAGCGCGCGCAGCGCUGCAUGCCGGAGUUCGUGAACGCCGCGUUCAACGUGACGGUGGCGGCCACCAACAGCUGCGGGGCGCCGCCGGAGGAGUACUGCGUGCAGACCGGCGCCACCGGCGUCACCAAGUCGUGCCACAUCUGCGACGCGCGCGACCCGCGGAACCAGCACAGCGCGGCGUACCUGACGGACUACAACAACCAGCAGGACACCACCUGGUGGCAGAGCCAGACCAUGCUGGCGGGGGUCCAGUACCCCGCCGCCAUCAACCUCACGCUGCACCUGGGUAAAUCCUUCGACAUCACCUACGUGCGGCUCAAGUUCCACACCAGCCGCCCCGAGAGCUUCGCCAUCUACAAGCGGACCAGCGAGGCGGGCCCCUGGGUGCCCUACCAGUACUACAGCGGCUCCUGCAAGAAGACGUACCGCAAGCCGGGCCGCGGCUUCAUCCGCACCGGGGAGGACGAGCAGCAGGCGCUCUGCACCGACGACUUCAGCGACAUCUCGCCGCUCACGGGGGGCAACGUGGCCUUCUCCACGCUGGAGGGCCGGCCCAGCGCCUACAACUUCGACAACAGCCCCGUGCUGCAGGACUGGGUGACGGCCACCGACAUCCGAGUGACCCUGAACCGGCUCAACACCUGUGGGUCGAGGUCUUGUGGUUCUGAGGUCCUCAGGUCCUACUCAUCUCCGACUCACGCGGGGGCAGGGGGUAAGACUGGCCAGGCCAGGUGUAAGUGUUACGGCCACGCCAGCGAGUGUGUGAAGGACGGCGGCGGGCGGCUGGUGUGUGACUGCAAACACAACACGGAGGGAGACGACUGCAACGUCUGCAAAGCGUUCCACAACGACCGGCCGUGGAGGAGGGCGGGCGGCGAGAGCGCCAACCACUGUCUGCCCUGCGACUGCAACGGGAAGAGUUCUGAGUGUUUCUUUGACGCCGAGUUGUACCGGGCCUCGGGUCACGGGGGUCACUGCACCGGCUGCGCCGACAACACCGACGGGCCCAACUGUGAGCGCUGCCUGGACCGGCACCACCGGGACGGCGGCGGCGGCCGCUGCCUGGCCUGCAACUGCAACACCGUGGGCUCCCAGGCCCCCCAGUGUGACCCCAGAGGAGUGUGUGUGUGUAAACCCGGCGUGACCGGAGAGAAGUGUGACCGCUGCCAGGCCGGGUUCCACAGUCUGACGGAGGCCGGCUGCAGGCCGUGUUCCUGCUCUCCCUCUGGCAGCACUCAGGAGUGUGACGUGAACUCAGGACAGUGUCGCUGCAAAGAGCACGUAGAGGGCUUCAGCUGCGACAGGUGUCAGCUGGGCUUCUUCCACCUGGACCCCUCCAACCCUCAGGGCUGCACCGCCUGCUUCUGCUUCCAGCACUCGUCGGUGUGCGACAGCGCCGAGGGCUUCAGCGCGCACGCCAUCAGCUCCUCCUUCUCCAGAGGACAGGGAAGUGUCCUCAUCUCAGACAUCACACUCCCCAUGUACUUCAUCGCCCCAGGCCGGUUCCUGGGGGACCAGCUGCUGAGCUACGGUCAGAACCUGACCCUGAGGUUCCGGGUGGACCGGCGGGACACGCGGCUGUCGGCGGAGGAUCUGGUCCUGGAGGGCGCCGGCCUCAGGGUGGCGGUGCCCCUCAUCGCUCAGGGCAACGCCUACCCCAACGAGAACGCGCAGACAUACGUGUUCAGGCUCCAUGACAGCACUGACUACCCCUGGAGGCCGAGCAUCAGCCACCCAGACUUCCAGAAGCUGCUCCACAACCUGACGGCCAUCAAGAUCCGAGGCACCUACAGCGAGAAGAGUGCCGGUUACCUUGACGACGUCUCCUUGGUAACGGCCAGGCGGGCUCCAGGUGAGCCGGCCCUCUGGGUGGAGCGCUGCACCUGUCCUCAGGGUUACCAGGGGCAACACUGUGAGCAGUGCACUCUGGGAUAUCGGCGAGCCCGACAGGAGCUCGGAGCCUUCAGCGCCUGUGAGCCCUGCAACUGCAACGGGCACAGCGAGGCCUGCAACCCCGCCACGGGAGCGUGUGACUGUCGUGACGACACGGCCGGCCUCAGUUGUGAGCGCUGUAGAGACGGUUUCUAUGGCGACGCCAGCCGCGGGUCGGCAGCCGACUGCGAGCCGUGUCCGUGUCCGACCGGAGCGACCUGCGCCGUAGUGCCCACGAGCAAAGAGGUGGUGUGCACCAACUGCCCCGCAGGAACCACAGGGAAGCGCUGUGAGCUCUGUGACGACGGGUUCUUCGGCGACCCUCUGGGCCGGGCCGGGCCGGUCCGGGCCUGCCGGGCCUGCAAGUGCAGCGACAACAUCGACCCGAACGCCGUGGGGAACUGCGACCGCGAGACCGGCGAGUGCCUGAAGUGCAUCCAGCACACGGCCGGCUUCUUCUGCGACCGCUGCAGGGACGGUUUCUACGGCAACGCCAUGGCCGGCAGCGCCAACCACAAGUGCAGCGCCUGCUCCUGCUCGCCGUUGGGCACGGUGGCCCAGCGGCCCGGCUGCUCUCAGGUCACCGGUCAGUGCGAGUGCCUCCCCAACGUGGCUCAGCGUGACUGCGCCGCCUGCCAGCCCGGCUUCUUCAACCUGCAGAGCGCCAGCGGCUGUGAGCGGUGCAACUGCAAUCCGAUUGGCUCCACCAACGGUCAGUGUGACAUCACGUCGGGGCAGUGCGAGUGUCAGCCCGGCGUCACCGGGACGCACUGCGAGCGCUGCGAGGUCCACUUCUUCGGCUUCAGCUCGUCCGGAUGCAAACCCUGUGACUGUGACCUUGAGGGCUCGCGGGCCGCUCAGUGCCAGGAUGACGGGCGCUGCGAGUGCCUCCGUGGCUUCGUGGGCGCUCGCUGUGACAUGUGUGAGGAGAACUUCUUCUACAACCGCUCGGCCCCGGGCUGCCAGCAGUGCCCGUCCUGCUACAGCCUGGUCCGGGACAAGGUGAACCAGCAGAGGCAGAAGCUCCAGGACCUGCAGACCCUGAUCGACCAGCUGGGCUCGGGCCAGGACGCCGUCAGCGACCGCGCCUUCGAGGACCGGCUGAAGGAGGCGGAGAAGGCCAUCAUGGAGCUGCUGGAGGAGGCGCAGGCCAGCAAAGACGUGGACCGCGGCCUGCUGGAGCGCCUGAGCGGCAUCAACAGCACUCUGACCACGCAGUGGAGCCGGCUGCAGAGCGUCCGCGGCACGGUGGACGCCAGCGGCACGCAGGCCGACCGCGCCCGCCUCCGGGUCCGCGACGCCGAGGACCUGAUCGACCGCGCCCGCCAGGAGCUGGACAAGGCCAAGGACGCCGUGGGCAGAGUGGACAUCAGACCGCCGAGCGGCGCCGGGACCAACAACAUGACGCGGCUGGCCGAGGAGGCCCGGGCGCUGGCCGACAGGCACAAGAUGGAGGCCGACCAGAUCGAGAAGAUCUCGCGCGACGCCAACGCCACGUCGAGCCGCGCCCACGACCUGCUGCUGGCGACGCUGGAGGGCGAGAGCGCCACGAGCCAGGAGAUCGAGCAGCUCAACAGGAAGUACAACGAGGCCAAGCAGCUGGCCGAGAGCCUGGAGCAGCAGGCCCACAAGGUCCAGGCGGAGGCCGAGGAGGCCGGGGCCCGCGCCGUGGAGACGCUGGCGGUGCUGACCGGCGUCCCGCCGCUGGACACGGCGGCGCUGGAGGACGAGGCCGGGAAGAUCAGGAAGGAGGCGGCGGACCUGGACAAGCUGCUGGACAAGACGGAGCGCGAGUACCAAGACCUGCGAGACGACCUGCGGGGCAAAGAGCACGAGGUGCGCAGGCUGCUGGAGAAGGGGAGGAGCGAGCAGCAGACUGCUGAUCAGCUAUUGGCUCGAGCCGACGCUGCCAAAGCUCUGGCUGAGGAGGCGGCGAAGAAGGGCCGGUCGACCUUUAAGGAGGCCGAGAGCAUCCUGGAGGACCUGAGGGACUUCGACAAGCGGGUCAACGACAACAAGACGGCGGCGGAGGACGCGCUGAAGAAGAUCCCCGCCAUCAACGCCACCAUCACGGCCGCCGACCAGAAGACGCGGCAGGCGGAGGCGUCGCUCGGCAACGCGGCCGCCGACGCCCGGGAGGCCAAGCGCAAGGCGGAGGAGGCGGAGAAGAUCGCCGGCGGCGUGCAGAAGGGCUCCGCCAGGACCAAGCAGGACGCCGAGGCGGCGCUGCAGGACGCCGGCCAGCUGGACCGCCACGUGGGCGCCGUGAUGGAGCAGCUGGACGGCGCCGAGCGGGAGCUGCUGCGCAAGAAGGCCGAGGCCGACCGCGACGCCACGAUGGCGGGAAUGGCGGCGGACAACGCCAAGGAGGCCGAGGACAACGCCCGCAAGGCCAAGAGCGCCGUGAAGACGGUGCUGACCACCAUCACCGUGCUGCUGGACCAGCUGGGUCACAUUGACACGGUGGACCUGCGCCGCCUGGACCAGCUGGUGGAGGCCGUGCGGCGCGCUCAGGGCCAGGUGGGCGGCGGCCAGCUGGACAGGAAGCUGCGUGAGCUGAGCGACGCGGCGCGGACGCAGGAGGACCUGAUCACCGACUACGACCGGCAGAUCCGGGAGAUCCGCUCCGACAUCGCCAACCUCAACGACAUCAAGGACACGCUGCCCGAGGGCUGCUUCAACACGCCGUCCCUGGAGCGGCCCUAGCCCCGCCCCCGGCCCCGCCCCCGGCCCCGCCCCCACGGCCAACACUGGCAGCAUGCCCACUUUACCAAAACAGUUUUAAAUAUAUCAGAUUAUGUCUUUGAAGCUAACAUUUCACUCCACGUUUGUUUAUGGAAAGAGGAGCAGCUGUUGUUGUUGUUUGUUCAUGGAAAGAGGAGCAGCUGUUGUUUGUUUAUGGAAAGAGGAGCAGCUGUUGUUGUUGUUUGUUUAUGGAAAGAGGAGCAGCUGUUGUUUGUUUGUUUAUGGAAAGAGGAGCAGCUGUUGUUUGUUUAUGGAAAGAGGAGCAGCUGUUGUUGUUGUUUGUUCAUGGAAAGAGGAGCAGCUGUUGUUUGUUUAUGGAAAGAGGAGCAGCUGUUGUUGUUUGUUUAUGGAAAGAGGAGCAGCUGUUGUUGUUGUUUGUUUGUUUAUGGAAAGAGGAGCAGCUGUUUGCAGCGACGUGGUUUCGGUGGAAUGAACUGAGCGGCAUCAAGAACCUCGGAGCAGAACCAGAACCAGAACCCGACUGCACAGACAGGAAGUGUCCGCUCGUAUUACCCAUCAUGCCCGGGGGCAACUCGCUGCGUUGUUAUUGUCAUGUUUAAUCAACCGUGUUCUCAGAAACAACACCGUGAAGGAAUCUUCCUCUUUCCUCCUCUUCCUCUCUUCUCCUCCCCCCAGCACAGGAAGUCUCUCGCUCCUCUUCAGUGGCGUUGAGUUAAGCCCCGCCCCCUCCAGAUCGGCGUCUCGUUCCCAGAAGAUUUGGAUCUUUGAUCUCGUCCCAAAGAUCAGAAACUGAAUCUCCGGGACGAGAUGCAACUCUUUGUGUCUCUAACGUUGAGGUCGUGGUCGUCGUGGUAACCAGACGAUGACGUCAUCUCUGGGUCGUAGAACCCGACGUCCUCAGAACACCGAGAGGAAACGGGUUGAGUCACACACCUGAAACUACACACCUGAAACUACACACACCUGAAACUACACACACCUGAAACUACACACACCUGAAAC